AUGGCCUCCUCCAAGCUCCUAACCACCGCCGUGAGCUCCUCCAUCCGGCACUUCUACCGCCUUGCCUCCUCCCCCUCCCACCGCCCUCCUCCCGUCGCCUCCCGGUGCCAUUCCUCUCUUCUUGCUUCUGCACCGCCGCCGCCACAACAUCCGCCCCCGCACCGGUGGAUGCCGCCUACUCCACCGUCGUCGCCGCCACAACAGCCAUCCCCGUGCCCGUGGACGCCGCCUGCUCCGCCGUCACACGCGGUCUCAGCAUCACUCAGUUUUCCUCUAUCCAUCCAUUCCCCUCUCUGCCUGCCUCCAUGCUCACCUGAGCAAUCCCGUACACCCCCAGCCGCCAUGGCCUCCUCCAAGCUCCUGACCACCGCCGUGAGCUCCUCCAUCCGUCGCUUCUACCGCCUCGCCUCCUCCCCCCUCCUGCCGCCGCCCGCCUCCCGCCGCCUCCCGGUGCCACUCCUCUCCGCGCGCUUCUGCUCCGCCGCCGCCGCCGCCGCCGCCACCGCGCCGGUGGAAGCCGCUUACUCGGCCCUCGCCGCCGCCACAGCAGCCGCCCCCGCGCCGGUGGACGCCGCCUCCUCCGCCGUCGCCGCGGUCUCCGAGGGCCACCCGUGGCCGGAGUGGGCCGACUUCCUCGAGAAGCUGCGGGCCAAGGGGUACUUCGUGCGGCCCCCUCUCGCCUCCGGCGCCCCCGUGGGCGAAGAGGUGGCCGCGGAUGCCGUGGCCAAGCCCGACUACCCCUUCAGGGACCAGAACAGGGUGAAGAACGCGUGCCUCAAGUUCGCGCGCGAGCGCUUUGAUCUUCUCAGCUCUCUUCCCAAGAAGGAUAUUCAAGCUAUUGUCGAGUGUGGCUGUCCUAAUAUCUUCCGAAAGGCUGUCAGUUCUGCAAAAAGGCUGAGAGAAUUUGUGCAGGUUGACGAAGGAGAUGCAUGCAGUGUUUGCAAAUUGCGUGGGUCUUGUGAUAAGGCUUAUGUCAUUCCAAAAGCUGAGGAAGCAGCUCGUACCGUUGAUGUUGUGCGCAUACUGCUAACUUAUGCAAUAGAUCCAGCCAACCUAUCUGGAGAAAAUUCUGUUGGUGGGGGUGUGCAAGAAUCUGCAAGGAAGCUUCUCUCAGAUCUGACUAUGCUUUGUGACACAACAAUUGAUCCAUCUCUUCCUAAACCUGUAAUUCACACUUAUAGCAAGCAGGAUUCAUCAACCAAACCUGACAAGGGCAAACAAUCAUCUAGGGUAUCAGCUGGAAAGGGUAGAGAAACAGCUGUGACUGAAAUGAAGAAGGGUGACUGGCUUUGCCCGAACUGCAACUUCUUAAAUUUUGCUCGAAAUCGUCAGUGUCUCGAAUGCAAAGUUGAUGGACCAAAGAAGAUAGAAGCAGCCAUCAGUGAAAUGAAAAUGGGAGAUUGGAUUUGUCCAGGAUGCGCUUUUAUGAACUUCUCUCGCAACAAGAUGUGUUUUAAAUGUGAAGGGCAACGGCCAAAAAGGCAGCUUAACCCUGGAGAGUGGGAAUGCCCCUCAUGUGAUUUUGUUAACUUCCGACGGAACCAGGAGUGCAAAAAGUGCAGCCACGACCGCCCCGAAGACGAUACCCAGGAUAAUAAGCUCGGAUACGAUGUGUGGAGAAACACCAAGGGAGCUAACAAGGAUAGAAGCUUUGACUCUGUUCGCCAGGAAGACGACGACGGCGAUGAAGAGGGGUUGCCAUACAAGGGGGAGGAGCGCAGGCAUGUAGCGAGCAGAAGGGCGUCACCAGCCCGGAGGGAGUUCGCGGGCAAGAGUAGUAACCAUGGCGACGAAGACGAUGCCUUGCCAUACAAGGAGGGAGACAGGCGUGUGUCGAGCAGAAGGGCCUCACCAGCCCGGAAGGGACACGCGAAGAAUGACGGUGAUGAUGAGGAUGUCGAAUUGGAUGUCUCGCCCUAUGAUGGGGCGCGCAAGCAUGGAUCGAGCAGAAGGGCGGCGCCAGGCCGGAGGGGAUUCACCAAGGAUGAAGACGACGUGUUGCCGUAUGAAGGGGCGCGCAAGCAUGUGGUAAGCAGAAGGGCAACCCCAUCCCGGAGGAGAUUCACUGCUGCUAGAGGAGAAUAGGCAGUAGCUAUACUACACCAUUGAUGCCUUUUCUUGUAGCAGAUGUGAUACCAUAUUGCGCAUAUUUUAGCUGAGCACAAGUCACGAAAUAAUAGCGAUUUUGGCAAAUUACUUGCAUUUUUGGAAAUUAGAAACGACAUUGACAGCCUCAUGCAUGCACUUCUGAUGUGUGACAUAAUCUGAGUAGUUAAAAACAGCUGUUUCUUGGCGAGGUGUA